AUGAAACUUGCUCAAUGGAGUAUUAUUCUCGGUGCUUCUAGCAUGGCUCUUGCAGCCGUUUCUCCCGAUAGUUCAGAUGAUAAAUCCAGCUUGCAGCGUCGUGCAUUAGAAUCAUCAGAACAAGAUGUGCACAUGUUUGCUCGCUCGCCUAUACCACCAGUAACCCCAACAGCACAACAACCAAGUGGUUCGAGUCAAUCAGUUUUGGGUCCAAAACUAAAAGCACGAUUAGACAGUCUGGUAAAUGCGGGAAAAAAAGCAAAACAAUCCAUAGUCGAGGCCGAACAAAAGAUGCUCCAGAUGGGCGGUUCAAGUCAACCGCUUUUGACUCCAAAGCAACAAGCAGAUGUAGAACAACUGGAACAGAAUGGGAAUGGACUAAGACAAUUCAUAGACGAAUCUGAGAAAUUGGGAGUCCGUUUAGGACUCCCGCCAGGCAGUGUGGAGUUUCCAGAUCUGAAUUCGGAGUUAAGAGCAAAUGUUGAAAUAGGUGAAAAGGACAAAAAUCAAGUAGAAGAAAUGGUAAACAAGGCCAUUCAAAAGGCACUCAAGCCAAAGCAGCGUACAGGCAGUUCAAGUCAACAACCAAGUGGUUCGAGUCAAUCAGUUUUGGGUCCAAAACUAAAAGCACGAUUAGACAGUCUGGUAAAUGCGGGAAAAAAAGCAAAACAAUCCAUAGUCGAGGCCGAACAAAAGAUGCUCCAGAUGGGCGGUUCAAGUCAACCGCUUUUGACUCCGAAGCAACAAGCAGAUGUAGAAGAAAUGGAACAGAAUGGGAAGAAACUAAGACAAUUCAUAGACGAAUCUGAGAAAUUGGGAGUUCGUUUAAGACACCCGCCAGGCAGUGUGGAGUUUCCAAAUCUGGAUUCAGAGUCAAAAGCAGAUGUAGAAGGAUGGGAAAAAGAAAAAAAUCAAGUAGAAGAAAUGGUAAACAAGGCCAUUCAAAAGGCACUCAAGCCAAAGCAGCGUACAGGCAGUUCGAGUCAACAACCAAGUGGUUCGAGUCAACAACCAAAGGAUAAGUUAAGAGAUGCCUUGGACAGGGCUAAUCAAAGGGAUUCCAAGCCAAAGCAGCGUACAGGCAGUUCGAGUCAACAACCAAGUGAUUCAAGUCAACAACCAAGUGGUUCGAGUCAAUCAGUUUUGGGUCCAAAACUAAAAGCACGAUUAGACAGUCUGGUAAAUGCGGGAAAAAAAGCAAAACAAUCCAUAGUCGAGGCCGAACAAAAGAUGCUCCAGAUGGGCGGUUCAAGUCAACCGCUUUUGACUCCAAAGCAACAAGCAGAUGUAGAACAACUGGAACAGAAUGGGAAGGAACUAAGACAAUUCAUAGACGAAUCUGAGAAAUUGGGAGUUCGUUUAAGACACCCGCCAGGCAGUGUGGAGUUUCCAAAUCUGGAUUCAGAGUUAAGAGCAAAUGUUGAAAUAUGGGAAAAGGACAAAAAUCAAGUAGAAGAAAUGGUAAACAAGGCCAUUCAAAAGGCACUCAAGCCAAAGCAGCGUACAGGCAGUUCGAGUCAACAACCAAGUGGUUCGAGUCAACAACCAAAGGAUAAGUUAAGAGAUGCCUUGGACAGGGCUAAUCAAAGGGAUUCCAAGCCAAAGCAGCGUACAGGCAGUUCGAGUCAACAACCAAGUGAUUCAAGUCAACAACCAAGUGGUUCGAGUCAACAACCAAGCAGUUUUGAGCGUCAACCAAGUGGUUCAGAUCAAGUACCCAAGAAAAAGGGACUAUGGAGUCGUAUAAGGAAAGGUGCUGCAAAAGCAUUCAAAAGAAAAGGUGGUUCAAAACAACAACUAGGUGGUUCGGACCAAGUACCCAAGAAAAAGGGAUUAUGGAGUCGUAUAAAGAAAGGUGCUGCAAAAGUAUUCAAAAGAAAAAGAUCUUCAAAACAAUCCGUACCGAAUAUGACAAAAAGUGAAAAGAAAGCUGCCAAAGCUGAACGCAAGGCACAAAGGAAAGCUGAGCUCAUGGCACAAAAAAAAGCUGCCAUAGAUGAGCUCAUAGCACAAAAGAAAGCGCAGCUUGCGGAAGCUAUUGCACAAAUGAAAGGGAGAUAA